AUGCCAAGUAAACCUACAAAACACGAGAGCAUUCACAUGCCUAUCCUGACUUCAGCAGAAGCGGCGCUUGUCCUGGUGUCACAGCGGUGUUUUCCUCUUCCUGUUGCAGGUUACGGCCACACGGUUCCCCUCUCUGACGGCGGCAAGGCCUUCUGCAUAAUCUACUCGGUCAUUGGCAUCCCCUUCACGCUGCUCCUCUUCACCUCGGUGGUGCAGCGGGUGAUGGCGCUGGUGACCCGCCGGCCCGUCCACUACAUCCACACCCGCUGGGGCUACCGCAAGCAGAGCGUGGCCCUGGUCCACGCCGUGCUACUGGGGCUGCUCCUCGUCCUCUGCUUCUUCGUCAUACCCGCCGCCAUCUUCACCCAGCUGGAGAGGGACUGGUCCUUCCUAGAGUCCAUCUACUUCUGCUUCAUCUCGCUCAGCACCAUCGGCCUGGGAGACUACGUCCCGGGGGAAGUUCAGCACCAGAGGCUGCGCAAGCUGUACAAGGUGGCAAUAACCAUUUACCUCAUGAUUGGUCUCACCGCUGUACUCGUUGUCCUGGAGACCUUCUGCGAGCUCAACAAGCUGAAGGAGCUGAAGAGGAUCUUCUACCUGAAGAAGGACAAGCCGGAGGAUGAAAUCAAGAUCCUGGACCACGACCAGCUCUCGUUCCCGUCCGUGGUGGACUCCGUGCCCUUUGUCCGGGAGCAGCACAAACUCAGCGAGCCCUUUGUCACAGGGCCGAAGGCCCACCCCUUCACAGAGGAUCUCAGUAACCGGUGACUUGUUCCCCCACCCACCCCUCAGCCCCUCGCCACAGAGCACACUCGCAUGUAAUUAGCGUAGGGUCUAAAGCUAUCUGCCGGCCCAGAGGCCAAAUCAUAUCAUGUCAAGACAUUUUAAAAUUAAGCCUGUAAAUAACUAGGGGAAAGGACUGUGCACAUUCAGGUCAUGGAGGACUCCGG